AUGGGAGGUGACCACGGCCACAACAAGAUGCCGUUGCCAGACUGGCGUCAGUGGAAAGUGGAGGGAACACCGCUGGAAUUCACGAAGCAGAGACUUGCAAACAGGGGUCUCAAGGACCCGUGGUUACGUAAUGAGGCAUGGAGAUACUCGGGCGGGUUUGCUCGUGCUGUGACUCUGUCAGAUGUGCUGUUCAGAGGAUUCAAGUGGGGAUUUGCUGCCUUUGCUGUCGCUCUGGCUGUAGAAUACACUAUGUUCCCACCAAAGAAGGGUGGCCAUUAAUUCUUAAAGUUGUCCCACAAAGCCAGACCAUAAUGUAGUGUGAUAAUAUUAUGUAUAUUUCUUUAUUAAAUGUCUUUUUGGCCACUGAA